AACGUUGGCUCCUCCCAUUGCGCAAAUUUGAAAACGGAUUUGUGGAGGGACGACUUUUUGAAGAUACGUGAGACAUGGCUCCCAGGAAAAGAGCUACAAAACAACGAAAAAUAGACCCCAGAAAGGCCAAACUGGAAGCUUUUCUGGAGGAUUUCGAUAAUGAAGUGAAAAUUCGAGUUGAACGCCUGAUAGAGAGGCGAAAUGGACUGCUGAAAGAUGUGGACAACAGCUACAACGUGGCAAUUCUUAAGCUACCCAAGGCCAUUCGGCAAAUGAACUGGUUGGAUUAUUUAAAGUCUGAAAAACCAAAGUCACCAGAAGUGGAUGCUAAAAAGAGAGAAGAGGAAGCUGCUAAAGUAGCAAAUGUUGUCGCUGAGGAUCAAGCUGUCCUUCUCAAAUCAGCCAAAACAUCAAAGAAAAAGAUGGCAACCAAGUCAAGUUCAGAAAAUGAAAAUAUUCUAAGCCAGAGCUCAGUGACAAAGGAAAAAUCUACACGGAAAGGCCGGGCUACAUUAAAGAGAGGAAAGGCGCUGUCAGUCAGCCGGCAAAACGCCUCCAUCAGAAGAUCAAACAGGAAGCCUUUUGUCACUCCUGCCAGGAAUAUCAUGGACUCGUCUUUAUUGAUGGGCUCGACGCCGCUCAUCACCCCGCAAAUUGAUCCAAGACUUCCUAAGACACCUGCUGUGAGAGUUCCCCGCCACAAAGAGAGAGUUUACAGCAUUUCAGUCAACGGCUCUCCCAUCACGGCGGCCAAUGAUGACAUCGUCAUCAACGUGCCUGUUGGCAAUGGAGAAAAUAUUCAGCUGCUGGCCAGUCAGAUGGAUUCAGUUGACCUUUCUGUGCUGGAUGAGACGGCCCUGAAGAGCAUUCGGCUGCUGCAGAGUCGUCUGACAAAACUUUGUGGACCACACAAGUGAUGUCUGCUGCUGAACCGUUUAACCGAUUUUUACUUUGUUUUGUCUUUAUCUCAAAGUUUUGGAUGGAUGUGUAUGACU